AUCAGUGCUGCGAGCGCCAGUGAGCGCUUCAAAACAAUUUUGGUUAGGAAGUGUUAUUCCGGCAACUUCGACUGAAAUGAUUGAGAAACACGACGAUAAAGAUGCAAUAUGCGAUUCAGUAAAUUCCCUUGUCGAAGGAUGUCGUUUGCCCGUUCGAGCAAAUGGAACGGACGACUGGCCUCUGGCCGAAAUUAUCAGUGUAAAAGAAGAUCAAGGUGUAAAAUGCUACUAUGUUCACUUUGUAGACUUCAACAAAAGGUUAGACAAAUGGGUCACAGAAGAUUAUUUAGAUACACGAAAAGUUCAAUUCCCAGGACGAGAUGGAACAACAACAGCACCAGGGACUGGAGCAGUUACUCCAAAAAGACAAAUAUCUAGUAGACCGCAAAGUCCAAGCAUCACAAGUAGUGAGCAAAUUAAUGGAACAACUGUCUUACAAGCUGCACUACAAAAGAAAGCAGCAAGAAAAAGAAAAAGUACUGUUCCAGAAAAUGAAGAUUCUCAAGAUGCAAAAAUGCAGAACCCUCCAUCUGGUCCUAGAUCGACAGGUUCUUUAGUUGAUCAUCAUGAUGAUGUUGUUACAAGAAUGAAAAAUGUAGAACUUAUUGAAAUAGGCAAGCACAGGAUAAAACCAUGGUAUUUCAGUCCAUAUCCCCAAGAAAUGGUCAACUUGCCAUGCAUAUACAUAUGUGAGUUUUGCCUGAAAUAUUGUAAAAGUCGUAAAUGUUUAGAAAGACACUUAGCGAAAUGUAAUUUGCGACAUCCACCUGGUAUUGAAAUUUAUAGAAAAGACUCAUUAUCAGUUUUUAAGAUAGAUGGAAGGAAAAACAGAAUUUAUGCACAAAAUCUUUGUCUUCUAGCAAAACUGUUUUUGGAUCAUAAAACGCUAUAUUAUGAUACAGAACCGUUUCUUUUUUAUGUGAUGACUGAAUUUGAUGAUAGAGGAUUCCACAUAGUAGGUUAUUUUUCUAAAGAAAAGGAGUCAACGGAAGAUUAUAAUGUAGCAUGCAUUCUCACACUGCCUCAAUAUCAAAGAAAAGGUUACGGCAAGUUACUGAUAGAAUUUUCUUAUGAACUUUCAAAAUUUGAAGGGAAAACUGGGUCUCCCGAAAAACCACUUUCAGAUUUAGGCUUGUUGUCCUAUCGAAGUUAUUGGACGCACACGAUAUUAGAUAUAUUAAUUAACCUCAAAUUGCAAACUAGAAAUGAAAAACCACAAAUCACUAUAAACGAAAUUUGUGAACUUACUUCCAUAAAAAAAGAAGAUGUUAUGUCUACAUUGACAAAUCUUAAUUUAGUUUAUCAUCAUAAAGGACAGUGUAUUCUUUUAAAUAAAGAAAUCAUAGAGCAACACCGUACUGCCAUGGAAAAGAGAACAAUCAGAAUAGAUCCAAAGUGUUUACGUGCUUAAAAAAAAGGGAGAAUGUAACAUUAAGUAAUUUAUUGUGUUCACUUUUGGAUUUUGAAAAUUUGCUUUCGUAAUUAAUGGUUUUUUUAGUUUGAACAUUUUGUAUAAGUACAAUUUUUAUACCUUCAAUGUAGACUUUUUUUUCUAUGAAAGAAACUCUUAUCAUAUUCAUAGCUUCGUAUGAGUCAAGUUCGAAAAUACUCCUUGUACAUUGAUUAGAGGAACCCAUUGUCAAAAAGCAAUUGGUUUCUCAUUAAUAUUAAGGCAGCUAUUAAUCUUGUAAAUUAUUGUUAUUGCUAUAUUGUUAUUAAAAUACGUGUAAAAUAGUUUUCUGUAAAAAAGGCUUUAUUAUUGAA